GUCGGGCUUAAAACUCGACGACUUAUCACCUAUUCUCGAGUUUAUUAGCUCAGUAAAAUCAAGAACUCGAGGUUUUGCUUCCAUUUCGUCGAGUAUUAAGACUUACAUCAAGUUUGUGCUUUGACAGAGAUAAAAAAGUCGAGUUAAGGAUGUAACUCGUCGAAUAUUAAGCAUGACAUCGAGUUUAACAUUGCAAACGACGUAUAAACUCGAGUUAAGUUUAAAAAUUCGUCGACUAUAUAGGCUGACCUCGAGUAUGUUUUAACAGUAACACUAACCAAAUGUUAGCCUUGUUUUAGAACUGCAGGUAGUUCAGGGAAAGAAAUUGGAUAUAUUUUUAAAAUAGCUAACGGUAUCUGAUUUGUAAUGGGGACGCCAUCAGACAAAAGUUGGAUGACGUCGUACCGAUUUAGUUCAUGUUAUAUUCAAGGGGUCAAAAAUUUUCUGAAUGUUGCAAAAGACUUUACUGAUUCAAAUGGCAGAGUUCGAUGUCCAUGCAAGAACUGCAUCAAUAUUUAUUUGAAGCCAUUGCAAGAAGUAAAAAUGGAUCUAUAUCAAUAUGGAAUUAGUGAAAACUACACAAACUGGGUGCACCAUGGUGAGACUUCUCAACCUCGUGAUAGUUUAGAUGGCUCUAUUAAUUCGGACAAUGAAUUGGAGGAUAGUGGAAAUGAUGUUUCAGAAAUGUUAGAUGAUAUGUGUAAUGCAACUUUUAUGGACACCGACAUGGAAGACAGACUUCCCAAUCAAGAUAAUAACAUGCUAGAAGGAGAAGUAGCAAAAUUUGCUAAAUUGUGGAAUGAUUCUCAUUGUGAACUAUAUCCUGGAAGUCAAAAAUAUUCAAAGCUCUCUUUUCUUCUUAAGAUGAUUAAUAUCAAAGCACUCACAAAUUCUAGUAAUAAGUCAUUUUUUUCGAAUUUGGAGUUGUUCAAGGAUGCACUCCCGAGAGGAGAAACCCUUCCAAGCUCAAGUUAUGAGGUUAAAAAAUUGAUGCGUGAUUUAGGACUCGGUUACGUAACUAUUGAUGCUUGUGUAAAUGAUUGUGUGCUAUUUUGGAAGGAAAAUGAAAAUCUUGACACGUGUCCAACUUGUAAGGCCCCUAGAUGGAAAUUAGGUUUCGGAAAACGCAAGAAGGUUGCUCAAAAAAUUCUUAGACACUUCCCUUUAGUACCUAGACUUCAGAUGUUAUUUAUGUCUAAAGAUAUUGGUGAAAAUAUGAGGUGGCAUAAGGAGAAACGUGUAGAUGAUGAUACGAUUAGACAUCCAGCUGAUGCUACGGAAUGGAAAGAUUUUGACCAGAAAUAUGCUUGGUUUGGCAAAGAUGCUCGUAACGUGCGACUUGGGCUUGCUAGUGAUGGAUUUAACCCUUUUGGAAAUAUGAGCACGAGUUAUAGCAUGUGGCCGGUGAUUGUGACGCCAUAUAACUUACCACCAUGGAAAUGCAUGAAGGAGAAUUUUUUGAUGUUAUCUUUGCUUAUUCCUGGUAAGGAAUCUCCCGGAAAUAAUAUCGAUGUAUAUUUAAGGCCAUUAAUUGAUGAGUUAAAAGAGUUAUGGGAGACCGGUGUGUCAACAUAUGAUGCAUAUAGCGUGAAGCAAUGUUACAUGGGUCAUCGGAGAUAUUUACAUGCCCAACAUUCUUGGAGAAAAAGCAGAAAAUUUGAUGGCAAACCAGAGCACGGGUCAAAGCCUGAAGAGUUGUCAGGGGAUGAAGUUCUAAGGCAAUUAGAUUUGCUUCCAAAAAGCCUUGUUUUUGGGAAGACACCUAACCAAAAAAAGCGUGCACGUGGUCCUGAAGAGCUCAAUUGGACAAAGAGAAACGGAUAUGCUUCCAAUCUUUCUCGAUGUGUAAGUGUUCAGGACUGCAAAGUUAUGGGGAUGAAAAGCCAUGAUUAUCAUAUAUUCUUGCAACGGUUACUUCCAGCAUCAAUUUGUGGGUCUUUGCGUAGUGAGGUUUACACUGCAUUAUCAGAGUUGAGCUCUUUCUUUAAGGAGCUUUGUUCGAAGACUUUAAAAAGAUCUACAGUUAAAAAGUUGCAGAGCGAUAUCAUUUUGAUAAUAUGUAAACUUGAGAUGAUAUAUCCUCCAUCUUUUUUCGUGGUAAUGAUGCAUUUGGUAAUUCAUCUGCCACGUGAAGUAGAAUUAGGAGGCCCUGUUCACUAUAGGUGGAUGUACUUUAUUGAGAGGUUCUUACGUACUUUGGAAAAUUAUGAUUCACAUCGAGGAAUUACAAAAGGAAAGUGUUAUAGAUGUGCAAAAAAGACACCAGGCAGGAUUUGCCAGUUGGUUCAAGGAGUGUCAACAGAUCAUAUAUAUGCGUUGGGAUUAGGUCCUGAUAUACGAAUUGCUAGGUACAGUGGGAUAAUUGUCAAUGGAGUUAGGUUUCACACAGUUGAGCGUGAUAAUUUUCGUCGGACUCAAAAUAAUGGAGUUUCAGUUACGGGAGAGCAUAAGUCGAAAGAAAUCGAGUUUUAUGGUGUGCUAACAGAUAUCAUUGACCUCCAAUAUGUUAAUGGGAAUCAUGUUUUCUUGUUUAAAUGUGAUUGGUGGGAUGUUGGCGAUAAAAAUGGAAUUAAAACAGAUGGCAACUUAGUUUCUGUUAAUGUGAGCCGUAAAUGGUAUACAGGUGAUUCUUUCGUGUUGAGUUCUCAAGUACAACAGGUUUUUUAUGUCAGCGAUAUGAAAAAUGGAGGUCAUUGGAAAAUUGUGCAAAAAUCAUUUCACAGGAAUAUAUUUGAUGUGCCAGAAAAGGAAAAAGUGUGCAAUUAAGAUUCAAUAUUGAAUGAUGAGCCCUAUCAGCAAUACGAGGCAGAUAAUAGUCAUGAAGUCGAUCAAAAUGGUGGUGAAAAUUUGGAACUCUUGCAUCCUAUAGAUGUAUUACCGGAUGAAGUUGAUGUUGGUCAAA